AUGGAAACAUGGCAGCCAACUCAGCGGGAACUAGAAGAAGUACUCGAGCUCCUCCGCCACUCUCAGUCCUUGGACACAAACGUGCAGCGAAGCGUUCAACAGCGGCUCGAGCAACUGAACACCCAUCAAUACUUUUGCUGCUACCUCGUCUAUAUUCUGAGUGAUUUGCGGCAAGAGGAGGUUCCAUCGCGAGGCUUGGCCGGGUUGAUUCUGAAGAACAAUAUACGUGCGCAAUGGCGCUCACAGCCGGCCCAGAUUCGUGACUUUGUGCGUAUCAAGACGCUGAACUCAAUUGGAGACCCGCAUCCGCUGAUUCGAGCAACGGUCGGUAUCAUUAUAACGACGAUCGUCGUGGAGGAAGGGAUCCAGUCUUGGCCGACAUUGCUUCAAACCCUCGGCGAGCUGCUCGUCUACAACGAUGCAUAUGUGCAAGACGGAGCCCUCAACGCCAUCCAGAAAAUCUUCGAAGACAGCGGUGACCGACUUGAGAAACACGAGCACAUCGAGCCUCUCUUGCCAAAACUGCUUCCAUUUUUCCGGCAUGAAGUAGGGAAAAUGAGGGGCCUCGCGAUGAAUGCGAUCAACUCCAUCCUAAUGGUCCCUGACGAGCCGAUCACCUGCGUCAUUGAUGACUUCAUCGUCGAGCUAUUCCAGCGUGCCCACGACCCCGAAGAAGAAGUCCAAAAGCAACUCUGCCGUUCCCUUACCUUGCUUCUCGACGCACAUAUCGAUAAAAUGGAGACGAAUUUGCCGAAUGUCGUCACUUAUAUUAUCGUGAAGACCCAGGACGCAAAUGAAGCUGUGGCCCUGGAGGCGUGCGAGUUUUGGUUGGCGCUGGCGGAGAACACUGAUGUUUGCCGGGAGGUGCUUGCUCCGUAUCUGAAGGACAUAAUCCCGGUGCUCAUCAAAUGUAUGCGCUAUUCGGAGAACGAUAUUCAUAUACUGAAGGGUUACGAUGACACGGAAGAUGCGAUGGUUCCGGAUAGAGCAGAGGAUAUCAAGCCGCGCUUCCAUCGAGCCAGAACACAAGGCCAGGAAGGGACGGCUGAUGGCGAGGAAGAAGACGAUGACGAUGAGGGCAACACGGAAUGGAAUAUCAGGAAAUGCGCGGCUGCUUCUCUCGACGUGCUCUCCUCGAUUUUUGGCGAUGAAAUGCUGCCGAUCCUCAUGCCAAUCCUACAACAAGCAUUGCAACACCCUGAGUGGCAGGUCCGCGAGUCCGGCAUCCUGGCUCUUGGCGCGAUAGCGGAGGGCUGCACGCAAGGCAUCGAACCGCUUCUCUCCGAGCUGAUCCCAUUUUUGGUCAGAACAUUGGAGGAUCGCAAAGCCCUGAUACGGUCGAUCGCCUGUUGGACACUGUCGCGGUACUGCCACUUUGUCGUCUCACAGCCGCAUGAGAUGUACUUCCAGAACUUGCUCACCAAGCUCCUCGCCCGGAUCCUUGACGGCAACAAGCGGGUUCAGGAGGCUGCUUGCUCAGCUUUUGCAACCCUCGAGGAAGAGGCAUCCAGUGAAUUGGUGCCCUAUCUAGGCGAAGUUCUACAAACCCUCGUGAAUGCAUUCCGUAUUUAUCAGGCCAAAAAUCUGCUGAUACUCUACGACGCCGUGGGCACGCUGGCCGACAGCGUUGGUGCCCAUCUGGCUCAAGACAAUUACGUUGAGCUUUUGAUGGGCCCGUUGAUGCACAAAUGGGCAACCUUGUCCGAUGAUGAUAAGGAACUCUUUCCCUUGCUCGAGUGCGUCUCCUCCGUAGCCUCAGCACUUGGCCCUCGCUUCCUGCCCUACAGCCAGCCAAUCUUCAAAAGAUGCAUCGAUCUGAUUGUCAAAUGCCUAACCCAGCAACAAGCGCACCAAAAUAACCCAAACGGCGAGGAUCCCCCGGAGAAGGACUUCCUGAUCGUGUCGCUCGACUUGCUGUCCGGACUCGCCGAGUCGCUACAUCAACAGAUCGACCCGCUGGUCGCCCAGAGUCAACCGCCACUUGUCGAACUGGUCCGCGUCUGCGCUUUGGAUCCGACCCCUGAGGUGCGACAGAGCUGCUUCGCUCUUAUCGGCGACCUCGCCAAGGCCUGCUACCACCAUUUGUCUCCCCAAGUUGCCGAUUUCAUCACCAUCCUCUCCGCCAACCUCGACUCUGAGCAAAUCUCCGUCUGCAACAAUGCGAUUUGGGCUCUAGGAGAGAUUGCGCUGAAGAUUGGUGACCAAAUGAAGCCCUACGUCCCGCAUUACCUGGCCAAUCUCGUUUUGGUGAUGAACAAGCCGAACGUGCAGAGGACGCUGCUGGAAAACACAGCGAUUACGCUCGGCCGGCUUGGCAUACACUGCAGCGAGGAAGUAGCCCCGCACUUGGAGCUUUUCAUGCGGACCUGCUGCUUUGCGCUCAGGAACAUCCGCGACAACAGCGAGAAGGAGAGCGCUUUCACCGGACUGUGCAUGAUGGUCAAUGCUAACCCGGCAGGAUGCAUGCGGGAUUUCAUCUUCCUCUGCGAUGCUAUUGGAUCAUGGAACCAACCGCCGACACCUCUUCGCGAAAUGUUCUAUCGAAUCCUCCUUGGCUUCAAGCAGAACGUGGGCGACCAAAACUGGGGCCUCUUCACCGGCCAAUUCCCGCCUCCUCUCCGCCAGAAGUUCGCCAGCCAAUAUCAGCUU